AGUAACGGGGAAAACAGGGACCUUGCAAUGAUCUCGCUGGACCUCAACUUCAACAUUCUGACGAGGGACCUGUCACAUUAUCUGGAAAAUCAAGUGAAAGUUGGGCUCUUCGGUUCGGGAGUAGGGCUGUCUCUGGUGCUGGGCUUUAGCGCAGCGUACACCUGCUACUAUUUGAUCUCAGUAGCGAAGAAGCCACAGCUCAUCUCAGGGGGUAAGAAGUUCUACCAGUUUCUGAGGGAACAAUGUCCGGUAGUGUCCGAGACCUACUACCCCACCUUUUGGUGCUGGGAGAGCCGCAUCCAGACUCUGUUGAGACCCUUUGUCACAGCCAAACCUGGGGUCCUUUACAGAAAUGAGCUUAUUAAGGCAGCAGAUGGAGGACAGAUCUCUUUGGAUUGGUUUGACAACGACGACAGCCUCUCUCAUCCCGACCCUGCCACCAGGCCCACAGUGCUACUUCUCCCCGGCCUGACCGGCACCAGCCGAGAGUCCUACAUCCUGCACAUGGUUCAACAGAGCCGGGAUCUGGGCUAUAGAUGCGUGGUAUUCAACAACAGAGGGGUUUCCGGCGAAACACUACUGACCCCAAGGACCUACUGUGCAGCCAACACAGAGGAUCUGGAGACCGUUAUUGAGCACAUCCAUAGGACGAACGAAGCUGCUCCAGUCAUGGCUGCUGGAGUGUCCAUGGGCGGGAUGAUGCUGGCCAAUUAUUUGGGGCGCAAGGGCCGAGAAACCUGCCUGAAAGGUGUUGUAGUCUUCUCAGCAGGCUGGGAUGUAUUUGAGUGCACCAAUUCACUGGAAAAACCCCUGGACCGUUUCCUCUUCAACUCCUACCUCACCAGCUGCCUACAAGCCUCUGUGCACAGACACAGACCAGUGCUUGAAAAGUGUUACGACAUAGAUCAUGUCAUGAAGGCGAGGACCAUCCGAGAGUUUGACGAGAGGUUCACCUCCAUAAUGUUUGGUUAUCCUACCAAUGAUGACUACUACCGGGACGCCAGUCCGAUCCACAGGCUGAAAUCUGUGCAGGUGCCAAUGCUGUGUCUGAACGCUGCUGAUGAUGUCUUCUCUCCGUCUCAUGCCAUUCCAGUGGAGGCAGUGAAGCAGAAUCCCAACCUGGCCUUGCUUAUUACCUGUCACGGCGGCCAUAUUGGCUUCCUUGAGGGCCUGUGGCCACGACAGAGCACUUACAUGGACCGGGUCUUCAAGCAGUUUGCUAGGGCGGUCUUCGAACAAGGCAGCCGACUAAAAGACCUCUCCUGAUAAGAGAACUUCCUCUUUUACGUCCUGUUUUUUUCCUUUCUUCUUUGUUUCCUUUCAUCUUUUUCAUCCAUUUGCCUUUGCUGCAUUCCAUCCUUCAUUCCUUCCAUUUCCAAUUCAAUCCUACGUUCCUUUGUCCCUCUUUUAUCCUUGCCCUCUAUCCCUCCUUACUGCAUUCCAUCCAUUGUUUAGUCCCUCCCUCUCUCCAUAAACCUAUUCUGCCUUUUUCCUUCCUUCCAUUGACUUUCUUUUAUGUUUGCCCUCCAUCCUUCCGUCCCAUUCUUCCUCCACAAGCAAAAAUUUUUUAUUUAUUCCAUAGUUAACAAGUCAUUGUAUGUAAUCAUGCUCUCAAUGGUAUGCCUAUUAAAAAACAAACAAUCGCUGUUCUUGUCACUGUUUAAAAAAGCCGAAUCUAUGCCCAUCUGGUUUAGUUGUAUUACUUAGCUAAAAACUUCUGCGAUUACCUUGUGCAGUCAUUUUCCUUUGAAGUUAACACAAGUACUGUACAUGAAAAUCCAAUCAUAUUUAUUCAUGAAACAUCCUUUAGUACAUACAUACUUCAGUAGGAUUGUAGCCCUCAGGGAUUUUCUUUAUUUACUCAUUCCUCUUUCCUUCCUGUGUAAUAUUGUUUUGUCAGUCACCCCCCUUUACUUUGUAUUUUCCUUAUUUAAAGGUUGAUGAUACCAGUUGACAUACAGUAAUCUCUUUUAUUUAAAAGAAUAGUCGGACAUAUUGCAAAAUACUCUUCUGGGCUUUCUUGCCAAGAAUUAGAUGAGAAGAUUGAUAGCACUUUCAAGUCUAUCUGCCAGCAGCCCAUUAGCUUAGCUUAGCAUAAAGAUGUAGGUGGGGGUUAUUACUGUUGGCCAGAGGUAGGCUAG